UGGACCGAUGGACGUGACAUCAUCAAUGGCCGCCGCCGUGUUGUCUGUGUACGCAACGGAGCGCGACAGCCUCGUACGCAGGGGACGCCGAUAGCCUGGUUUCUCGCACGGGAGCUGUGGCCGAGCGCGCGCGAGACAUGGGCUCGAAGAAGCACAAAAAGCACAAGCGCGAGAGGCACGAAGAGGGUCAGUACACAACGACGGACAAGCCGCCUAGUCUGAAGUUAAUUUUGAAGGUAGGAGGUAGUACUGGAACACCCGAGCACGGCGGCGAGUCGCCAAGUCAGGCCGCAAUGCUGUCGCAACAUUACCAACAACAACUGGGUCUUAACUAUUCUGUCAGCCAAGGAGACGCAGAGUACGACAGAUAUGUUGGUCACAAAAAACUCAAGAAGAAGAAGAAAAAGAAAGAUAAACGGCACAAACAUCAUCAUAAAGAUAAGAAAAGACGAAGAGAGGAGUCGAGUCAAGAGUCAGUUGGCGAUGCCGAUGAGAACCUGGUCGAGCCUGCACCUAAGAAAGCUUGUACCAAUCACAAUCAGUUGCUGCCACCCAGACCGCCGUCCAGUGGUGAAUUAAGGGUUGGCGUUACUAAUGUAAGUUCUCUAUCACCUCAUCGCGAGCCCAGAACAUGCGUUCUUAGAAAGAUAGCGGAGCGCACGCCUCUCCAAAGGUUGCUGGAACACCUGUUGAGAUCCAUGGAGAAGCGGGAUCCGCAGCAAUUUUUCGCCUGGCCGGUCACAGACAGCAUUGCGCCUGGUUACUCUCAGAUAAUCACGAAUCCGAUGGACUUCAGCACGAUAAAGCAAAAGAUAGACGACAAUAACUAUCAGAAUUUGCAAGAAUUCGUGGAUGAUUUCAAGCUUAUGUGUGACAACGCCAUGACAUAUAAUCAUCCCGACACCAUUUACUACAAGGCGGCGAAGAAACUUCUGCACGUCGGUUUGAAAAUGGUCACUCCGGAGAAAUUGCGGCAACUCAGGCCAGUCCUGAUGUACAUGAACGAUAUUACGAAGGAGGAACUCGGAUUCGAGCUGGGCAACGAAGAUCUUAAUAAUCCAGACGCUCCUGCAACGGAAGAGCAGAUAGAGCGAGAACGCGAGCAAGAAGAACGUAAUGAGGAGGCGGAAGAACUUAGAAAAGAGAAUCAAAGAAAGAUGAGACUGGCUAGCUUAGGUAAAUUUGAGGCCAUACCGGACGAUUUGACACCAGAGGAGAUCCUGAAACAGGCUAGAGGUGCGGCUAAAGCGGCGGCGGAAAAACUCAGUCUGAAGAGGGUCAACUCGAAGAUGGGUUUUUUGCGACAGAAGAAAGACGGCACCACCAGCCUGCAGAUCAUCGUGCCCGGGGACGGGAUUAUUCCCGGGACGAAUCAGAGACCUGUGUCGCUGGGACAACUGAUAGGCAAAUUGAAUCAUGGUACUGGAGCGUUGGCUGGAUUUCGGGAGGAUCGCAGGAACAUGUCGAAGCCAGUGAAACCCCUCUAUUAUGGCGCGUUCGGUUCAUACGCACCGAGCUACGACUCGACGUUCGCGAAUCUUACCAAGGAGGAAACCGACCUAGUCUAUCAAACUUAUGGUGACGAGACUGCCGUGCAAUAUGCUGAAUCUAUUCUAGACUUCGCCAAGGACUGUGAUUACACAUUGACUAUGGUCGAUGAUUUGUUGGACAUUCUCACAAGCGGCGAUCAUAGGAAGACAAAGAAAUUCCUCGAGGAAAAGCGAAGACUGAAGGAGGAGGAGGAAAAGAUCAAGCAUUUAUUGGAGAAACCUUUGCAGGACGUGAAUCGUAACAUUCCGUUGCUGGAUAAUGUCAAGGUUGAUAUCGAACAACUAAAGACACUAUCGGAUCUCGGUAUCGACAUAAACUUCCUAGAGAAUUUAGAAGAAGAAUUUAAAUAUAGCGAGGAACGCGCCGUUCUACAAAGCCGCCUUGACGACACAUCGCAGAUGCUGGGUCGGCUGAAGCAGGUCCAACACGAGCGUUUGUCAGCACCGCCGCCGGCCCAUCUAUCCAAUGUUCCCAAGGCAGCGGACGCAGAGGUGAUGCUGGCCGAGAAGAUCACCGACAACCUCACCGAUAUAGCGAAGAAAUUGCCACCGUCGGGGAUCGCGCCGGUCGACGGAUUGCGUCGAGCAAUGGGCAUAACACCUUUGGGCGCACCGGAGCCCAUGGAGGUUGAGCCGAUCGCGCACAACCCCACUAUAGUCGCUGACACUUCGUUACUGCCGAAUCCGAACAAUGGCAACAAUCAGGUGCUGUCGAAUCUGUUGCCGAGCCCCUCGCCAAUUCAGAACGCGAAUCUACUGAGUCCGACCGGUCAGCCAAAUCAGAAUAUCAGUAUUGUGGGUGCGACUCAGCCAUCGCCGCCUAUUCAAAUGCAGAUCGGCAUGACGCACAGCAGUCAGACGCCACCGUCUUUACUGAGCGCGACAGAACCAUCCGGCGUGGCUGAUCUCGAGUCUGAACUGCGCGAAUUCCUAGAGAGCGAUCCUACGCUGGGGCACUCGCCUCUCCAUGACGACAAAACUCUGGAGGACAUUCUAUCUGAAUCUUAGUGUGCGUCCUGUUUCACUUUCUCCUGAAGAAUCCGGAAGAAACGAAAAAAGAGGCAAAUAUUAAAGAGAGAUUAAGUAAAAUGUUUAAUGAAUAUUAGCGGUAAUCGAUAAUCACAUGGUUCUUGAUAUGAUGAGUAAAAAGAUUCAUGGAAGUAUAGAAUAUAGAUAAUUUUUGGUAAUAUUUUUUAUAUGGUUCUGUAAAAUAUGAAAUAAUAUAAAUUUUAUUUUUUUCAGACAUUUAUUUAUUAUUCCAUACGCAGUAGCUCAUUUGUUAUACGAUGCUCGUAACGUUAGAAUGUAAUUUGCAUAUAUCGAUACUCGAUACGGCGUGCCGCAUUAUCAGAACACAAUGCUGGUCCCGUAUGCACUAUGCAGUGUAUACCGAAAGGCACAUAAAGGAAAUUCACAAUGAUGCUAUCGAUUACUGAUAAGUGUAGCCGCUAUAGCUGUAUUCUGUGUUCCAAAGCGUAAUGGGAAGACGGACGGCAACGGCGAUGAUGAGUUUUGCUCCUGGUCGAAAAUGAAAUCAAUCACGGCGUGCUCGAUGAAGUGGAUAAUACUACGUUAUCGCGCAAUGUACACUCAUAUUCCGCGAACGUUUCCAAGUUUCAAGAAGAUUAAUGCGCGAGUCAAUUCGCGAGGCUCGAGGUUUCAAACUUGGAAUUUACGGCCGGAAGUAUAGAAACUCCGAGCGCUUCCAUGAGGAUCGAAAGGAUUAUCAUUUAAGAUACAAUCGCUGUAAGACUAACGAAUUUUCGCUCACGGAUUCCAUUACUCUUACAGAAAAAUAUUUAAGCAAAGAAGCACGUGGUUUUACAUUUAAAUUUUGGACACACGAUAAAGUUUAA